GAACAACAGCGGACGGGCGGCGGCAGUUCAACGCGACACUCGACGGCAGACACAACGCAACAGGCACUGGCUCUGGUCUCUGAUCUCCAUCUCUAGCUCUAGCUCUAGCUCUGAUUCGGAUUCUCUGUUUGUAAUGUUGCUGCUGACCCUCGCCAUUGCAGCUCUGGCAUUGCUCCUCAGCUGGGACUUUAUGCGCAAGCGCCAGCGUGUGGCAACCUUCAAGAGGUCCAAGAUCUCUGGCCCCCUGUCGCUGCCUAUACUGGGGAAUGGCCUGCAGGCCCUAAGCCUGGGAGCAGACAACAUCAUCGACUGGGUGGGUGAAUCCUUUCGUAUCUAUGGCAAAACCUUUCGCAUGUGGAUACUGGGCGAAUCGCUGGUCUACACCAAGGAUCUGAAGCACUUCGAGGCCAUUCUGGGCAGCACCACGCUCCUGGAAAAGGGACAGCUCUACAAGUACCUGCGUCCCUUCCUCAACGAUGGUCUGCUCGUCAGUGUGGGCAAAAAGUGGCACGCGAGGCGCAAGGUCUUCACGACUGCCUUCCACUUUAAUGUGCUGGAGCACUAUGUGUGCAUAAUGGACAGGCAUAGUGCAGUGAUGGUGCAGCAGCUCCGGGAGGUGGCUGAUGGCGAGACGGCUGUGGAUAUGCUGCGAUUUGUCUCACUGGCAGCCCUGGAUGUCAUCACGGAGGCCGCCAUGGGGGUGCAAGUGAAUGCCCAAAGCGAUCCCAAGUUUCCCUACGUUCAGGCGCUCAAGAGUGUCGUGAACAUCCAAUCUGAUCGCAUGUUCAAGUUCUCGCAGCGUUUCGACUGGCUCUUCAGUCGCACCUGCCCCGUGCUGCACUGCAAGCUGCUGGGGGAUAUUCGCAUCAUGCAUGACUUCACCGACAAGGUCAUACGCGAGCGGCGCGCCACAGUGGAGCAGGCAAGGGCCGACGGCAGCUACAGGCCGCUAAGUCUGGGGGAUCCCGAGGUGGGUCGCAAGGCGCAAAUGGCUCUGCUGGACAUCCUGCUGCAGGCAACCAUCGAUGGGCAUCCCUUGAGCGAUGCCGAUAUACGCGAGGAGGUGGACACCUUUAUGUUCGAGGGCGAUGACACCACCAGCAGUGGCGUCUCCCAUGCCCUCUACUCCAUUUCGCGACAUCCCCAAGUGCAGGAGCGGAUCCACACGGAACUUGUACAAGUUCUGGGCAACGAUCGCUCCACUCCAGUCACCCAAUCGAAGCUGCAGGAGCUCAAGUAUCUCGAGUGCGUGAUCAAGGAGACGAUGCGACUGUAUCCCCCCGUGCCGGCCGUCGGCCGAUACACCACCAAAGAGCUACAGAUCGGCGCACAGACGAUACCCGCCAAUACGAGCAUCUACCUGGUGCUCUACUUUGCCCAUCGCGAGGCGGAGUACUUCCCCGAUCCGCUCGCCUUCAAGCCGGAGAGGUUCCUGAACGCAGUCUCCGAGGAUCGGGAGACCUUCGCCUAUCUGCCGUUCAGUGCGGGCCCCAAGAACUGCAUUGGCCAGAAGUUUGCGAUGCUCGAGAUGAAGGCGCUGAUCAGCAAGGUGCUGCGAUACUACGAGCUGCUCCCCCUGGGAUCAGACGUCAAGCCCAUGAUGAACUUUAUCCUGCGUUCGCCCUGUGGCAUUAAUGUGGGCUUGAAGCCCAGAAAACCCUAGGAAUUACCAUGGGUGUAGGUGUUGGUGGGGUUUUGUGAUAUCUAGUUUAAGUUUUAACACCAUUUAAGACGGUAAUAAAAAAACUAUUUAC